AUGUGUGUACCGUGUGGGUUGUGUGUCUGUACCGUGUGGGUUGUGUGUCUGUACCGUGUGGGUUGUGUGUCUGUACCGUGUGGGUUGUGUGUCUGUACCGUGUGGGUUGUGUGUCUGUACCGUGUGGGUUGUGUGUCUGUACCGUGUGGGUUGUAUGUGUGUACCGUGUGGGUUGUGUGUCUGUACCGUGUGGGUUGUGUGUCUGUACCGUGUGGGUUGUGUGUCUGUACCGUGUGGGUUGUGUGUCUGUACCGUGUGGGUUGUGUGUCUGUACCGUGUGGGUUGUGUGUCUGUACCGUGUGGGUUGUGUGUCUGUACCGUGUGGGUUGUGUGUCUGUACCGUGUGGGUUGUGUGUCUGUACCGUGUGGGUUGUGUGUCUGUACCGUGUGGGUUGUGUGUCUGUACCGUGUGGGUUGUGUGUCUGUACCGUGUGGGUUGUGUGUCUGUACCGUGUGGGUUGUGUGUCUGUACCGUGUGCAGAGGAACCAGCAGUGUCUUCAGCCUCACGUCCACAAUGA